UACGCAUAAUUUAACAAAAAUGUCAGAUGAUCCUGACUAUUUAUUUGCGCUACAGCUGCAGGAGCAGUUAAAUAAUAAUGAUGCCACUAGCAACGACGACAGCGCUUUCGUGGCAAACGCAACACACGACGUAGACUAUGAAUUGGCGCUCAAGCUGCAGAAUGAAAUAAACACUGUAAAUGACAAAGAGACGACCAUUGAUCUAGAUGACGAUGUCGUAGUCGAUAUGCGCAGCAAACCCAAAAAUAAGGAGCCAAAGGCUCACCCGCCACAGCGUGUUCCAAUACCUGACCACUAUUUGGAUCAGACACAAAACUUGGUGCAUCCCGAAUGGGAGUUGGUUGAUCCCUCGCCGGAUAUAUAUGCCAUGUUCGUGCGCUUCGAUGAAAAGUUCUUUCAGAAGCGUCUGGGCGCCGUAAUGGUCGAAUGGAGCAAACGCAUGUACUCCUGCGCGGGUAUUUGCUAUCAGCGCAGCAAUAGGCAUGUCAAGGAAAUUAUAAUAAGGCUCAGCGAACCGUUGUUGAAGCUGCGACCACGCAAGGAUUUGGUCGAGACACUGCUGCACGAGAUGAUACAUGCCUAUUGCUUUACUUUGAACAUACGCGAGGGCAAUGGUGGCCAUGGACCCAACUUCAAGCGCAUUAUGGGAACCAUUAACAAAGUUGCGGGCACCAACAUAACUGUGUAUCACACUUUUCACGAUGAGGUGAAUGCUUACAAGACACACAUCUGGCGCUGCAAUGGCAUAUGCCAGCAUCACAAUCCUUUUCAAGGCUGGGUUAAGCGCACUAGUAACCGAGCUCCCGGCCCCAACGAUCAAUGGUGGGAGGCACAUCAACGCAAUUGUAGCGGCACUUUUAUGAAAGUAAGCGAACCCGCCAAGCCAGCCAAGCCAGAGAAAUUAGCCAAGCCAGAGAAAUUAGCCAAGCCAAAAGCAUUCAAGAAGCCCGCGCCAGCUGUUCCGGCGAAAGACAUACGCAGUUUCUUUGACAACCCCAAGCCACCACUGCCAGCACUUAGCAAUAUAGCCAAAGAUUUGCCACCCAGCUCAUAUCCAGGACUAUCGACGCAACCAUUUGCUGGCUUGCCCACCAGAGGGCGCGCGAAUGUUAUGGGAUUUAGCGAUUUAAACAAGAGCGGUGACAGCAGCUCAGCCCCGUCGGUCAAGCAGCCCGAGCAGAUGCAGGGUCCGGGCUACAGUUUGUCUGGGAAGCCAAGCUUGGAUCGGCAGCAGCUGCGUGAGCUGUGGUCCAAGCGUUUUGGCCAGCUAACGCCAACGACUGAAGAGCAACAGCCGAAGGAAAAUCCUCCUAGCAAACGUCGACGUGUCUCCACUGACUUGGUGAGCUGGGAGUCCUACGAUGAUGAUGUCCAAGUUGCGGAUGUGGUGAACCCCGUCAUUGACAUAUCUGACAGCGAUGACGAAACGGAUCUCACUCGUACAGCUUCAAUUAUGAGCAGCCAAGAGCGCACAAUCAACAUUAAGCGCGAGGUCAUGGAGGAUGAAUCUCAACUUUUUAGCGACAAUGAAAUUGUCAUGAUUGAUGAUGAGUUCGAUGAUGCGAAUAGCGAUGUUAGCAUUGCCGCCGAGCUGGCCGAUCAGUCUAUUAUUGAUGAAAUCUUUGGCGAGGAUACACUGCUGCAGGAAUUUCAGCGCGAGAACGAUGUGGUGCCAUGUGGUUCACGCUAUCAGCAUGAUUACAAUAAUGAUAUCACCACCUGUCCCAUAUGCUUUGAGAAAAUGCGACGCUCCGAGUUCGAGAAUCAUUUGGAAGGCUGCAGCAUUAUUAUAAGAAUUCCGCCGCCCUCGCGUGGUAAGCUCAUUAGUGGGCCCAAGACACAAAAACGUAAGAACGGCAGCACCAGCCAGCGUAAAUUGUUGAAGAGUUCGGGCUAUACGGAUCAGGAGAUUUCAGCGUUGGAUCUGAGCUCGUCAGCGAGCGAGAAUGAGCAGACGCCGCGUCGUCAGCGACAACAUGGUCUAUUCAAACAGACAUCGGAGUGCCCCAAGUGCGGCCAGGAGCUGCGUGGCCAUCAAAUAGAAGCGCAUCGCAAGCUCUGCAAGCGCUCCUUUCAUUAGCAUCCAAGCAUGCCAUAUAAUUAAAAUUAACUGGAGUUCUAUACUACUUAUUUAUUUUAUUUUCAUUUGUUAUAUUAUGUAAAUAAACAAUUUCGAUUGCUUCACAUGAUUUUUCCAAAA